AUGGGCACGGCCGUGAAAGGUUUAUUGAAAGGCUUGCGUUACAUCUCCGAAAUCUUUGAAGCCGAUAAUGAAAAAGAACAAGAAAUACAGAUUGGUAUGCCUACGGAUGUUAAACAUAUUGCCCAUAUUGGUUGUGAUGGUCCUUCCACAAAUGCUCCCAGUUGGAUGAAUGACUUUCAAGGUUCAGAAUCAGGAUCAUCAGAUCUAGGUGGAUCAAAGGACUCGAUGAGUUCUCAAACUCGUCGAGGCAAGUCUAAGCAACCCAAGAAACAUGGUGCUGGUGGUUCGGUAGGUUCUUCACCUGACAUUGAACCAAGAACCAGGAGGAACAGAAACUCAUCCGGUGAUUCACCCAUGAAUGAGACCAGCCGCCCUAGGCGGACCAAGAACUCAGGCACAGGGGGCGAGUCACCGUCACAAGAACCUGGGGCGAAAAAGACUCGAAAGAAAAAAGUGGGAUCGAAUGAUGGAAACACGAGACCUUCAAGACCUAAGAACCGAGAUCCGUCGACUACAGAUAAUGCUGACUAG